GUUCCCACGUCGGGGAGGAAGGCGGAGAGCCGGGGUGGGCGCCGGCGGGGGCAUUUGCCGGCGACACCGAGCGUGGGCCGGAAGUGGGGGAGCGGAGCGCUGCGCCGCAGGAGCUGCGGGCCAGACCGUGGCGAAGGCGGCGGCCCCUCGGCUGGAGGGUGAGGAUGAGGAGCGACGGGAGCGGCGCGGGAAGACGCUGCUGCGCGGCGCCGGGUUCCGAGUUCGCGGCCGACUGCGCAGCCUGCGAGCAGCUCUGAGACACUCACAGAGAGCUACGAUGGAAAAGUCCUGGAUGCUGUGGAACUUUGUUGAAAGAUGGCUGAUAGCCUUGGCUUCGUGGUCUUGGGCUCUCUGCCGUAUCUCUCUUUUACCUUUAAUAGUGACUUUUCAUCUCUAUGGAGGCAUUGUCUUACUUUUAUUAAUAUUCAUAUCAAUAGCAGGUAUUCUAUAUAAAUUCCAGGAUGUAUUGCUGUAUUUUCCAGAACAGCCGUCUUCCUCACGCCUUUAUGUCCCUAUGCCCACUGGUAUUCCGCAUGAAAACAUUUUCAUCAGAACCAAAGAUGGAGUGCGUCUAAAUCUUAUUUUGAUAAGAUACACUGGAGAUAAUUCACCCUAUUCCCCAACUAUAAUUUAUUUUCAUGGGAAUGCAGGCAACAUAGGUCACAGGUUACCAAAUGCAUUGCUUAUGUUGGUCAACCUCAAAGUUAAUCUUUUGCUCGUUGAUUAUCGAGGAUACGGAAAGAGUGAAGGAGAAGCGAGUGAGGAAGGACUUUACCUGGAUUCCGAAGCCGUGCUAGACUACAUGAUGACGAGACCUGACCUGGACAAAACUAAAAUUUUUCUUUUUGGUCGCUCCUUGGGAGGAGCAGUGGCUAUUCAUCUGGCUUCUGAAAAUUCACAUAGGAUUUCAGCCAUUAUGGUGGAGAACACAUUUUUAAGCAUACCGCACAUGGCCAGCACUUUAUUUUCAUUCUUUCCAAUGCGUUACCUUCCUUUAUGGUGCUACAAAAAUAAAUUUUUGUCCUACAGAAAAAUCUCUCAGUGCAGAAUGCCUUCUCUCUUCAUCUCUGGGCUCUCUGACCAGUUAAUCCCACCAGUAAUGAUGAAGCAACUCUACGAACUCUCCCCAUCUCGGACUAGGAGAUUAGCCAUUUUUCCUGAUGGAACUCACAAUGACACAUGGCAGUGCCAGGGUUACUUCACUGCCCUCGAGCAAUUCAUCAAAGAAGUAAUAAAGAGUCAUUCUCCUGAAGAAAUGGCAAAAACUUCGUCCAAUGUAACAAUCAUAUAAUGUUUUUCUUGUUUGAUUAAUUCACUGUAUUUUAAUUUGGGCAGAAUGAUAAAGAAUGUUCCUUUCUAGAAGUGUGUUCUGUCUGUGCUUGUCUGAAGAGUGACAUUAAACUUUGAAAGGACUUCAGUGCUCCUUUAGGAUAAUCCAAAUAUUUUUUUUACAUUUGAAGAACUAUAAUUGUUGGGAUUGUUUCACACAUUUUUGUCAAACCUUUCAGUGUGGUUAUGUAUCCAUUGUCUAGUUUAAUAUGCCAGUAUAAUAGUGUAUUCAAAAGUUUCUUGUUGCUAAAAUGGUAUAAUCUAUGUGACACUUAGAUUAAUGGCUGGGUGUGGAAGUAGGCGGGAAUGAGAAACCUUUGGGUAUAACUCCUUUAGUAAAUAUCAGGACAAUCAUGAUAAGCCAACUUUCUGUAACUACAUUUUUCACCAUAAAGUUGAAAUGCAUGAUGGUAUUUUAUUCUUUGAAUUAUGCAAUGCAAUGUUUUUAUUGUAAAUAGCACUUGCCAUAUACCAAUGUAUAUGGUAACCUGGGUUACAUCUAUUUUUAUGUAAACUCUAUUUUGUUUUUGGCAAGAAGUGAAAUUGAGGCCUGUGUGCAGGUUGCCAUUGAAUUUUGCUCUAGUGAAUGCUGAGAUCCAGCUUUUUCUUACAAAUAAAUGGGACCCCACUUUCCAAUAUAAAUGUACCAUGUUUUGUUGGGUACAGUCUGGAUCAUGGCAUGUAAAAAUAGAAAUUUAGAAUUUUACUGCAGCUUUGACGUGCAUAUUUGAACUUUUUAACAUUUGUAAUUUUGGUGGCAAGAGAAUUUUAGCUUCUGUCAGUUUUGUAAGUCUACAGCUGAACCACUAGUAGCAGUCAUAAUGACGACUAAACCUUGUUUAAGAAUUAACUUAGGAAGUCUUACCAUUACAUGAUUGUACAUACUGUUUUACAAAAGUUCCCACUUCAGAUUUUUAAGUCCCAGUAUCCAGGUAUAUUUAAACCACGAGAGCCAAGAUAAUCAUAUAUCGGACUUUCUGAAAAUAAAAGUUAAGCAAAAAAAAAACCCACUAUGUCCUUUGGUUUAAUGUUGCAAUUAGUAUGAAAUAGAACUCCUGCAUCAAAAGACAGCUUUAAAAAGUGUUAUUUCUUUAUGUUCCACAUGUAGGAAUGUGGGAAUGAAAGAACUCUAUAAAGCUUUUAUCACAGAAAUUAUUGCCGCAUUAAACAAGUAAAUGGUUCUAAGUGGGCAGUAGUAUUUAGACAUAUAGAAGAGAAAGAAAAUUUUACUUAUAAAAAGAGCCCCUUAAAACUUGCAGGAUUUACUUUUUAAAAAAUGUAAGCUAUGAGGCAUAAUUGUGCAAAGUUGUUUCAAGCAGUCCUCGAAAAUUAGGGGUGAUUGGCUCUGUACAUUGUAUGUCAACUUUAACAUAUGAUAUUUUGAAUAUUUUAGAUAUAUUUAUUGACUUUGUGCAAGCAGCUAGAGUAGAAAAAUAAUGGGUCAGUAAUCUUGACCCUAAUUUAAAACUCUUCCCAUGGACAUAGGGCUAGAAAUACUUUUGCCAAAUAACAUUCUUAUUCACUGUAUGUCAGUGUUUAGAAAAAAUAUAUAGCAAGUAUGAUUUCUAAAACAUGAUAAUGUUUUUCUAUAAAUCAUUGUAAAAAAAAGUCAUGCUUUUUAAAAAAAAGUUGGUAAUGCAUUUCAUGGAAGGUGUAUUUUGUAUGUAUAAAUUCACCACAAUUAAUGGCUAUUUUUCAUCUCGUCAAUCAUUGCUAUGUAGAAUGACUCUCCUAAAUAGUAAUGUAUUAAAAAGAAAAAAUACAACAGAAUAUAGUAUAUUUAGACAUGAGCUUACAUGCCUAAAGCUUAGACUUGUAUCUUUCUUUAACGUUUACAAAGUACCUUCUUAAGUUUCCAUGUAAUCAUUUAGUCCGCUACAUUAUGGCGGAACUUACCAGCUUCAAUUGUGAACAUUGUGCUGAUGAAGUAUAAAAGCUUUUUCUUCGUCAGUGUUUUGUUUUAUGCUGCUUUUUUUUGAAUACUCUCAGUUUAUAGACAAUCUUUUCUUUUAAGCCAUGACUUCCAAAGUUGUAGAGUGCUUGUUCCCAUCCCUGUCUUUGUUUUCUUGAGGUGAAAGAACCUUCGUCUCUGCAGCUAAAGGAAGAGCUGUGUCUAGGGUUUAGUACGUCUUUUCUCUCCUCGCUUCCGUAUUUGAGACCAUUUCCUUAGAUGAGCGGGGGCAGAAAACAAACUUAUCAGGGGCCCAUGAUGCCCUUGUUAUUUUUCAAAACAUUUAAUUUUGUGGCCAAAGCAAUUGGUCUUAAUAAAACAUGAAUUAUUCAUAAGUCAUUCCUUGAUUUUGGACUCAUCUAAGUGGAAAUAGAAGUGUGUCUGUCUUGUGCAUUAAUGUCUGGCUCAUUUAUGCAAGAGCAGUUAUAGGAGUUUGAAUGAAUUUUAAUUUAUUUUAAAUUUGGAAGUCCUAGAAUGAUUUUAAAUAUGGCCAGAUACAGUUCAUUUAGGUGAAAAUCUGUAUUUUAAAAGGGUUUUUUUUGGGGGGGAAAUGGCAAAAAGGAUAUUGCAAAAUAUUGGAGGAAAUAAUUUGUAACAGAAGAAUACUAAAUGGAUAGAAGCAGCUGGGGAGGAACUGUAGCGUAGUUCUUAAAUGUAGAUCAAGAAAACAACGAAUGUGAUUGGUGCAAAGGAAGCUAACAGUACAAAACCACCUUUGGAUGAAGGCAUUUCUAACAAGUAACUGGAGCGCCUGACAUUGCAACUGCCCUAUGGGUUCGCAAACACUUUGACUAUAAAAUUUAUAUUUUGUUAAAAUGGUAUUCUGAAUUUUGUCACAGGGCAACUUAAAUUUCUUUUUUCAUCACGAGCUGUAGACGCUUAAUUACCCAAGUUCUAGUUUCAGAAAUGUGCCACUGGAUUAAUUCCAUCAUAAUACAUCUUGUUGAGAAUCCAUGCCACCAGAUGCUUUCAUACUCAUUUCUUAACCUUUGUAAGAUUUGGUUGGAGGUGGCAAUAGGUUUGUUUGUUGGAAUUAAAGGCCAUAUUCAAUUUUAUAAAAGUUAUCUUGCAGGCUCAGCUUAAGUGUAAUUGUUAUUGAGUCCCUUCUUUGAGGUUAGGAGUAAAUGAGGUACCCUUUUUUUUUUUAAAAGAAUGUCACAGAAAUCACUUUAAAUUAGUCCAGGAUUGAGAUAUACUGAAAUCCUCCCCUGACCUCUUUCCUCUCCAUUUCUUCUAUUAUAUUUGAACACAAUUAUGGAGGAAAAAACUGUGAAAGAAAGUCAUAAUGCUUUUGGAUUCUCCACUUAAAUUUGUGUAUUUUCAUAUCACUCAGGUAAGGUUUGAAGUGACAGAGCACAGACAUCUAUUUUUUAAAUCAAUAUGGUAGAGAGUGAAACUUUUGUUUAUAUUGCUAUAUAUACACAUCAUUUUAGCUAGCCCAAACUAAUAUGUUCAUUUGUAUGGCAAAAACAAAUUCAUUCAUCCUAAUAAUAACACAUUUUUGCCAAGCAGUGCAAAUAUACCUCCAUUUACAUUUUGUAUCUUAAAAAUGUAGUUUAAAAACAAGACUGUAUAAGACACUUUUUUACAAAAAGUGCCAUACAUACAUCUGUAACAGGGAUGAGUGUGUGUUGUUUAAUGUAAUUUGUAACAAUUUCUGUCAGUACAGCAUAUACUGAAAAGUUUUCAACAUAUUCAAGUACCUUCAUGAUGACCCAGUUUCAUAAUGUAAAUCAUAUUUUUGUUAUUUCCCAUAUUUUGUUUGACGCAGUAAUAAAAUUUUAUAAAACUCAAAAUUUGAAUGUUACCGUACCAUUAUGUGCUAACCAUGGCAAGCAGACAUUUACAUUUGUUUCUUUACAAUAAAUUUCUUUUAAAAUAUGCUUUCUAUUUGUGUACUGACAUGCAAUAAAUUGAUACACUAAAAAUUUGGUUAAUGGCAAGAUAGUCUACUCAUUUUUUAAAAUUUUUAUUAGUUUUCUAUUAGCCUAAGUUACAUGGUAGGACAUUAAUGUUUCCUUUAAGGUUAAAUAAAAUUCCUGAAUACAUACUGAAAUUAAUGAAUUUUUACUACAGUAAUGGUGUGGAUAAAAAGUAGAAGUUAGGUUUAUAUUUUCUAUAUAUGAACCAGUGGUGAAUGAACAGGUUCCAGUGAAUAGCUAAAUGAAUCCAGGAGCAAAUGAAUUUUAACCGUUCAUAGUUAUGUUGCCUUCAGACUGCAUGAAGCACCUUUUCACAAAGUUCUGCAUUAGUGUCGUUUUUUUGGGUCCCAUUAGUACUGAGUUGAUGGUUGGAGAUGACUGCAAAAGGCUGAUACUCAGCCCUUACGGGUUUGUAGCUUGCUUUCCCGAACAAGCUUGCACGCUUGAAUAGCGUCAGAGCCGGCUGGAUGAUAGGAGGUGUAUGACGGACCUUAAAUGUCCCUGUUCACAUGGAGAUGAGUCCACUUACUGUCAUCCAGCUUCCCAUGGGGUAGACUCAGUGGGAAGCAGGGUUUCUCAUGUACUUCCCUGGGAGAUUGCUGACCUGAAUCUCAAGGGGAAGCAGGUUUUAGAUCAUUAUUUCUUGUUUACCGAAGGUAAUUUUUUUCACAUUCCUAUUUCACUGUUCAGCUCUUGCUUUGCAUUCUGUUUACAUCCUAAGAUCAUGAACAGUUGGAUCUGGUUAAGGAAAAUAACUCCUAUCUUAAUGAAAAGUGAGGGAUAAGAUAUUUUCUGAAUACACAAGUGUAAUGCCAAGUAUAAAAUGUGUUGUCACUGAACCCCACAACGUUUGAGUAAUUUGCAGUCCCAUUUUAUAAUCAACAGGCUUGGAUGGGGCUUAGCAAUAUACUCAGAAUAACCCAAAAUGGAGCCAGGAUUUGAAUUCAGUUGUAACUCUAGGGCAACUGCACAUUGCUUUAUUAAUCAAUGAAGCCAUUUGCAAAUUUUUAUUCAUUGUAAUAGAUUUAAGACAUUGAAAUGGAAUUGAAAAUGGACCAGUUCUUUGGGAACACUCAAGAAUUGGCUACAAAUGGAAACAUAGGAAUAUUUUACAAUAAACUACAUUUUUUUCAAAA